AUGGAUUUUGCCCGUUUUAAUCGAGCCAAGAACCAACUCAAGAUCAAAGGAUUCAGAAAUGGCGCCGGUGGCGCCUGGAAUUCUGACACGCAUCUGGUUAUCAAGUUUCCUGAUCCACGGAUCCUUCACGUAAUCUCUCGUUCGUUGUUUUUGGCUUUGGUUAUUCUCACUCUGCCUUGUAUUGUUUCCAUUCUCGGGCGAGAAAGUAGCUCUGAGUUUUUAUCUGUAUCUGAUUUGGUCGAUUCUGGGCAAUUGGAUCUGCUUUUUCGUGAUUUCGGUUACGAAGGCAUCACCAUUAAUGGCCGUAAGGCUGUCAUUUUGAGCUCUGGAACCGACGGCCUGACUCAGGUUCGUGUGAUGGACAAUGACGAACGCAAACUUGACAUUGUUCUGGACUCUGAUUUUGAUCAGAGUGGGUUGUUUUCUGAUGAUUCUUUUGAUUUUGUGUUUGCUUGGGGCAAUGUGGACUCUGAUUUCAUGGAUAGAAUCCUCAAAACUGGUGGCAUUUUGGCCUUCCCAUUCACCAACAGUGGCCCAUCAAACCAUUUCCAAAAGAAACCAAAUUACAGACCUGUGUUUCUCAGCAGAUACAGCUCCAUUAUUGUGGCAAUGGAGAAGACAGCCAUGCCUGAUCACAUGGUUUAUUCUUCAGCUUCAAGAAGACUCCUCACCCAAUUCUCAUCACACACCACUAAGGCUGCAAUGAGAGGCCUUGAGGAGGAUAUUCUACAUGAGCUACCAACCAAGGCCGUGGCAAAACCAAGCAACCUUAUGAGGAAAAUCAAGUACAUCACCGACCUUGUCGACGGUUCUCUCAAACGCCUGAGGCAAACGGUCUCCAACUUCGUCACGGUUGGCCUGCCUGAAGAGAAUGGGGACAUGAUCCAAUACUUUGAUCAGAACUACCCAAGAAAGGGGCAAGCCGAGGAGUCAAAGUCAUCAAUCACGGUGAGAAAUGCAGCUGUGGAUUGGCUGAAGGCGGGAUUUGUUGAGAAACUGAUGGAAAUGAGGGCAAUGUAA